GACACCGUUUCUUUCUUUCGUCUACCUGCGGAGUCUGUGUCCCUGCCUCUUGGCGCAAGACUGCAAGUCCAUCCCGCACCGGCACCGAGCUCCAAAAUCUCCUCCCACUCCAGCGCUACUAAACACCCGCUCCGUGAACAAUAAGGCUCUUUUUAUAUGUGACUUUAUUACAGAUAAAAAACUGGACUUUCUGUGCUUAACCGAAACCUGCCACAGACAAAAAGAUGGUCUUCUGUUUAACCAAGUAGUCCCUCCUGGGUACAGGUUGUUUGACCUCUCAGGCAGAGGUGGGGACAUCAUUGUUAUUUAUAAUCUCCUUUACAAUCUAAGUCCCAUUACUGUACCUCUUCCUUCUUCUUUUGAGUGUCUUGUUUUAAAUGUCUCUAUCCUCCAGUCUACUAUCAUUGCCACAGUGUAUAGACCACCCAAACCUAAAGAAGCCAUUUUACGUGAGUCUGCUGAUUUACUUUCAUUGUUAUGCCUCAGAUUGAAGAGAAUCCUUAUUCUUGGGGACUUUAAUGUACACAUUGACUCAAGGUCUUCCAAUUUGGCUAAGGAUUUUCUAGCUCUGUUGGGAUGCUUUGAUCUAACCCAGCUUGUUCGUAGCCCUACACAUAACAAAAGACACACUCUAGACUUAAUCAUCGCAAAUGACUCUUUUGUUUCCCACUGCUUUUCUCUUGAACUAGGCCUCUUUGGCCACUUAGCCAUUCUUUUCAAUCUGGAAUUACCUGUUUCUAACACUAUCCCUUCACACUCUGUAAAUUUCUGCAACUGGCGAUCAAUUGAUCACUCAAGGUUGGCAAAUUCUGCUCUGUCCUCCUUAUCUUGGUUCUCUUCCUCUGACCCUCUAGAGGACAAAAUACAUUUCCUUAAUAGCGCUCUUUUAUCUACCCUUGACACCUUUGCUCCUCUAAAAACUCGAACCAUCUCCUUCUCUCGCCCUGCCCCCUGGUACACUGACCAUCUGUGAUCUAUGAAGGCAGCCUCCCAGAAACUUGAGCGUAGGGGGCAUCUUUCUGGCCUAAAUGUAUAUUAUCAGGCUUGGAAAGAUCGCUUGUCUGAAUAUAAGAAUACAAUAGAUUUUGUUUAGCUCCAAGAUCAAACAUCCAGCAUCACAUUCUCUUCACAACACAUACAGUAUAAUUCCCACACUUCCUCCCUGCUUAUCGAACUUUUCUGGUUCCCUUCUCUCCAACUUCUCUCUUCUUGACUGCAUCCCUUAGUAAACUAGUUUCACACAUGAAAACCACUGAUUCUAGUUUAGAUCCCAUUCCCACCACUUUAUUUCAGUCCUGUUUCUCUUCUCUCUGCCCCAUUGUCCUCAAUAUAAUAAAUGAAUCCUUGAGCACUGGUACCAACCAACCCCUUGUACAGUACCAACAGUCCUCAAAACUGCUGCCAUUACCCCCGUGCCAAAAAAGCCUAGCAUGGCUCUGGACAAUCUAAACAAUUUUUACCCCAUCUCCAACUGACCCUUUCUUGCAAAAAUUGUAGAACAUGCUGUCACAUUUCAAUUACACAACCACCUCACUGUAAAUAAUCUUUUCGAACCCCUUCAAUCUGUCAACUUCAAGCAACAAAAUUGCCCUGGUCAUAGUCACUAAAGAUCUUCUAAUAGCUUCUGAUUCUGGUUCUCUCUCUAUCCUUAUUCUUCUUGAUCUCAGUGCUGGUUUUGACAUUGU